AUGGCCGAGCCCCCAGUGGCCGAGAUCUCUGCGCCCAGGGCCUCUCUGACACAGAGCGCGCAAAGCCUGCGGAGCGUCCGGCAGUCCCGCCCCUCGAAUGUGGACUCCCGCAGCCUGAGCAGGUACCGGGGCAGCGCCACCGUCUCCCGGGAGCUCCUCUUCCACGGCUCGCUGUUGCACCCUGGGGCGGGCUCGGGACGCCGGCGGGGAGCUCUGCGAGAGCUGCUGGGGCUACAAGGGGGUACUCCCGCGGGGUGGCAGUCAGAGGAGCGCACGGAGCAGCAGUCCCCGGGAGGGCCGAACGCAGCGGGCAGCGGCAGGCUGUGCCUGGAGCCCCGGGAACACGCGUGGAUACUGGCGGCUGCCGAAGGCCGCUUUGAGGUGCUGCAGGAGCUGCUAGAAGCUGAGCCGGGGCUGCUCCUACGGGGCGACCCAAUCACCGGCUACUCUGUGCUGCACUGGCUGGCCAAGCACGGGCGCCACGAGGAGCUCAUCCUGGUGCACGACUUCGCCCAGCGCCGGGGGCUGCGGCUCGACGUGAGCGCCCCGGGGAGCGGUGGCCUCACGCCCCUUCACCUGGCGGCCCUGCAGGGCCACUACAUGGUCAUCAAGGUGCUGGUGGGCGCCCUGGGGGCUGAUCCCACACGCCGUGACCACAGCGGCCACCGGGCCUGUCAUUACCUGCGGCCCGACGCGCCCUGGAGCCUGCGGGAGCUGUCGGGGGCUGAGUACUGGGAGAUAGAGAGUGGCAGUGAGCGAAACAACGCCAACAACAACAGCAGCGGCGCCGCCGGGUGGACGCCGCGAAGGACUCUGAACGCAGUGGGCGCGACGGCCGCGGAGACAACGGCGAGAGAAACGGCGUUGCCCGGCAAGGAGAAGGACUCCAUGGGCAGCCGAGUGGCGCAAAUUCAAGGUUUUUUCCGCCAGAUGUUCCCCUUCUUCCAGGACCGUUGA